AUGGAUGAAGAGCGUCAAGGAAAGAGGGAAGAGGAAGAGACGAGAGGAGAGAACGACAAGGAGAUAAGAAAUCUGUCCAGGAGUAGAGAUGAGGAAGAAGAAGAGGAGGAAGAAGAGAGAGUUCCUGGAGACAAAGCACGCAUAAAGCUGAUUGGUGGACACACUCCCAUCUCCGCCUCCUCCUCGUUCAUCUCCUCUCCCCUCUUUAACUCCUCUCUCUGCAGAGGAAGAGGAGGAGAGGGGGAAGAGGAAGAGGACGAAAUCAGAGUCUCCAUAGUCACUAUCGAGGACGAGUCGUGCCCAUCUGAGCCGUUCGGGACCGCCCACAUAGAAACAGCCAAUCAGAUUACACAGACUGAGGAAGCAGGAGAUGAAAAAGAAGAGGAGGAAGGAAAGGAGGAGGAGAAAAAGAAGGAAAGAGAGGAUAUCAGUGAUAAAAGAGACUUGGAAGAGGAUGAAGAGGUGAUAUCAGGAUCCGGUCACCUGCAGAGUCAGGUAGGACUGUCUCACUUCACUCAGAGUUGAACUUUAGUAACGACCGCAGGAUAGUAAUACACAGUGGUCUGAGACUAAACACAACUCACCUAAUCUCUUCCAGCAGACGCUUGUUUGUAGCGAGACCUCAGGUCAGAGCAUAACCGCAGCGGAGUUUCGCAGCCCAAGAAAGAACAUUUAUAAUAAUUUCUUCAUGGAAAUACAAUCAGACCGAGACGCUAAGACAGAAGAACUACCGCGUCUGCAGAGCAAAAUGAUUAAUAUGGUGAUUAUUAAUUCAAGGAAAUGAUAAAGAAAUGAUCAUAAAUGUUCUUCCUUGAGCUGCGAAACUCCGCUGUCUCUUUGCUGAAGAAAUGAGUCAAAGUUAAAAAGAUGUUUGGUGUCUAGUACUAUGUCUGUGACCCUAUAUGUCCUGUUGAUGAAGUUAGGUGCUAUUCUGAGCAUUAUUUGUGGUGUUUUGGUUGAGGUUUGUCGUUACUAAAGUUGGUAUAACUAGAGAAGCAAGCGGUCGGGGGGGGUCUAACUCGGCGUUACGGUGUGUUUGACCCUAAAUUAAUUUUACGCCGGAAUAUCCCUUUAAAUUUGCUGAAAUAAUACCAGAAUAACAAUGUCACUGUGACUCACUUUAAUGGUAUUUUUCAGGUUCAUCCUCGAAAUGAAAGAAAACAACCUCAUGGUUUUUCUGCUUUUGUUGAUUGAAUCGAUUUUGAUGCUUUUGAGGAAGUCAGGAAAUCUGAACGCUGAUCUGCUUUCACCACAUAGUAUAAAGAGAGUUUUUUUUUUUAUAUCACCUUUGAAUCUGUCAAAACUGUCUCAGCAGACUCUGAAAGUUUGAAACAGUCUGAAAACAGCCAGCAGGGGGCGACAUCACUCUCUUUAUGGACAAAACAAGAGAGAGUUUGACCACAGGAACUACAACACCUGGUUCAUCUGUGUGUGUGUCAGUGUGUGUGUGUGUGUGGCAUUCAGGGACCAGCCGACGACAUCAGCGUCUGAGUGUGUGUGGCGUUCAGGUGCCUUUGUGUCUUCUCUUUUGUCGUCUCUGUAAACAAACCGAACAGCAGCUGCUGAGUGUGUGUGUGUGUGUGUGUGUGGGGGAUGACUGUGGGAGAAAGUGUGUGUGAAUCUUCUCUGACCCCCUCCUGACAGUAAAACCUGAAAAACACACCAAUUUCACUCUCUAACGAAGGUUUUAGACGCCGCAAACUUGAAUGAGGUCAUGUGACUUUUAAUCUUGAGAAAAUAACUGUUUUUUCUAAUAACUGGGAUUUUGAAUCUCUCAGCUGUGACUUUUAAACUCUAAACAAAUCUUUCACUUUUACUUUUUUGACGUAGUUUGCAGUCGUGUGAGACUCGAGGUCUGACGGCACGAAAUUAAUCAAGUUUUUCUCUUCAUGUUUACCAAAACGCCCAAAACUUUAAAAACUAAAACCAGAACUGAUCUUUAAAAACAAAAAAAUCAAAGUUCUAUGUAUCAUGUGUGUUCAAAUAUAACAUUUCUGGCAGCACGUUUUAGCGGCGUUUCUACAGUGGAGUUUCGCAGCUCAAGGAAGAACAUUUAUGAUCACUUCUUUAUCGCGGGAGUUCUUCUGCCUGAGCGUCUCUCUCUGAUUCCAUUUGUCGGCGGCAGUAACCGGAAGGUUGGCGGUUUGAACCCCGCCCUAUCCCUAGUCUGUCCGUUGUGUCUUUGGGUAAGACACUUAACCGUAUUUUUAUCGUACUUUUUGAAAUAAACUGAUGCUACUAAAAAAUGAAAAAUGAUUAAAAAUCAAUGAUGCUACAAAUCGAAGACGAUGACGCCACGUCCAAAAUCUUCGGUCUCUGAUCAUGUUUUAUAAAAAUAGUUCAUUUGAUGCUUUAUCCUUCCCAUAAUCCGUCCCGUAUUUCUUUAAAUGGCCAUUAAGAGGUUAAAUGUUUUAUUUAUUUUUCAGUGCUUGGUUAUUUGGAGCAGGGCAGAAGUGAAUUCAGAUACUUAAGUGAAAAAAGUAGAAAAAAAAGGUCAAAUAACUGAGAAAAUGUUCCCAAAAGUGUCUGUUUUCAAGGGUUCAUCUACGAGACAAAAUCUCAUCCUGAAUGUCUGAAGUUAUCUAACGAAGUUAGUCACACACACUUUCCCGGAAGCACACACACACACACACAUUGAGACAGUAGGUGUGUGUGUAGGAAUGUGCAGCCUUGAACAUUCCUCAGAUUCCUCCUGCGGGAUCAUGGGAUAUGAAGUCUGCCCCCCAUGGGAACUGUUAGCUUCAGACGCACACAAACACGCACAUCCUCCCCUACAGAGCGAUAACGGUAAACUCGUUUGAUAAUUUAUGAUUAUUUUAUCGUAAUUCUAUUUUUAACAACAGGGGGCGCUGCUCCUUUUUGAGGUCCGAGUCAACGCGAGAUUAGAUUAAGUGAUUAAUUUUCUCUGAGAGAGACGGACAGAGUGGAAAGAACUGGGGCACUAAUCUUGAGAGACAUGCUCGGUAAUCUAAGAGCAUUUUUUUCUAGAUUACCACACAUAUCGGAGAUUACACACUCACACACACACACAUGCGUUUGUUAACUUUACAUACUUUUAAGGACUUUGUGACUUUUUAUCCUAAUCUGAACCUAAUCUAACUUUCAAACAACCUUUGAAGUUCAGAAGUCUCUGAAACGUCCCACUAAGAUGUUUUAAACCCGAACUUGGUCCUUACAAAGAUAGCAAACACACACAUAUAAACACACACACAAUCAUUAAUUAUAUUAGUUUAAAGGGUUCGAUCCGUCCCUAAAGAUUCAACCUGUUACACACACUCUCUGGACACAUGACCGUUGUGUGUUGUUGUUGCCACCACACACACACACACUUACACACACUCACUGAUCACACUGCUGGGGUCAGAUGACUGGUGCAAAUAGGAACACAUUAGAGCUGCAGCGGUAUGUCCGGUAUGUGGACACACACACUAUCUCAGUGUAAAAUACUCGAUAAUCAGAGCGGAGUCCAGCAUUCAGGGUACAGAGACAUCGUAAGGUAAUUGAAGGUCAAUCUAAAAACCUGUUCAAACUCAUUACAAACCUGUAGGUCAGGUGAUACAUCAAUAGGGUCAUUAUUAGAUUAUUAGAGUCAUUUUCUCCAGAGAGGUUCAACCAAAAUCUUGCGUGUGGGGGUCAAAACUUCCUUUAGAUAAAUUGCAGGUACUCAAAAAUUCUAAUUUUUUUAAAAUAACUGUCAAAAUGAAAAUAAAAAAAUAUAUAUUUUUUUCACUUUCUACAUAACGUUUGACAAAUAUUGAAUUUUUUAAUAAUGUAUUUUUGACAUAUGUACAGGGGGAAUAUUUUAUUAUAUAUCUACUGAUAAUAUAAUCCACAUUCAUAUUUAAAGGAAAAAUCAGGGUUGCCAGAUGUACGAUAAUUAUCAUAUUUGUACAAUAAUUUUGCCCUCUGGAUGAGCGCUUUGUACCACCAUUAACCCAGAAGAAAGAAUAAAUGUACAAUAAUUUGACAGUUUCGUGAACGUGUGGUGCAAUGGGACUGUCUCACCCCCGGUUUCCACCGCAUCAAAAUACAGCUACAAAAAGGCAGUUUCCGCCAAUCAUAGCUGAUCGUAACCAUUCAAGUUAACGUGUCAACUUCCACCGACAUCUUUCCGUUCCUCUGCGGAUCGCCGGACUCCUCAGCUGAUCACAAGAGUUCUAUUUUUUCCAGACGCCGGAGCAUGGCGGAUAAAUUCAGCACAGAUUAACCCGUGCUGGAAAGGAAGUCGGGCACAGUCACAAAAUAAAACAUCCGGCUUCUUUUCAAAAUAAAACACUCCGUGUUUCAGGAGGAUCGUAUUUCACACCAUGCAAACGGGCGGAGACGAACAAGUGAAAGGUUUUUAGACGUCAUUUCACCCCGAUGACACCAUGGAUGAGGAGAUGCUGAUUCUAGAAGUCUAGAAGUAGAUUUCCUCCUCUGGAAGGACACAAUCUACUGCUUAUAUGUCUAUGUGUCUGUCUUUAGAGAGACAACUUGUUAUCACCCGAUUGCACGUGAAUCCGCAGGCUCUCGUAGGUUUCCUAACGAUUUCGCUGUCCAUAAUCCGCCGCGAAAUUCGCCUAUUAGCCUAUGUGGCUUAAGACAACUUGUUACCGCGUGAUUGCACGUGAAUCUGCGGGUUCUUGUUUGUUCUUGUGAUUCAUGCCACAAAAUUCGCCUCACUAACGAAUCCGGUAGGAAUUGGCGGAUGGCGAUAAUCGCUGCCGUGGAAAUCCCGGGUCAGUCUGCCAGACACAUUAUCUUUCAGUUUUUUAUUUGCGAACCUUAAAGGUAUCUUUUACCACGUGAUGUUUCCAUCCAAUCGUAGUUUGGUAGUCUGUGCCCGACUUCCUUUCCAGCACGGGUUAAUCUGUGCUGAAUUUAUCCGGCAUGCUCCGGCGUCCGGUAAAAAUAGAACUCUUGUGAUCAGCUGUGGAGUCUGGCAAUCCGCAGAGGAACGGAAAGAAGCCGGUGGAAAUUGACAUGUUAACUUGAAUGGUUACGAUCAUCUACGAUCGGCGGAUACGGCCUUUUCGUAGCCGUUCCGGAUGCAGAGGAAAUUGUCGGUAAGCGUUAAUUUUCUGUGGUCCAAAUACAGAAAACUUUAACUGCAAGACUACAUGAGAAAAGAAGAAAAUCAGUGCCUCAGAAAACAGCUGGGCCCAACGGUGGACCUCCCCGUCUUAGACUGUGAAUGAUGGAAACGCAGAUUAAAAAAAGUGAGAUGUUUGCUGCUGAGAGGCAAUUAGGUAGAUUUCUAUAGAAGCACCAAGAGGACAUCCUACAGCAGAGUUAAAGUACUGUACUGUAAUACAGCACCCCGCUGAAUGAACUUUGUAAUUCUACACCUGAGAGUUUCAGUGUCCUUAAUGCUGAGUUCAGUUUGUCCUGAGAGUCAGGAGGAAACAUUAACCUGAAGGUGUCACGGGUCAUUUCCUGUCAGGAGCUCAUAUCUGACAUUCACGUGAGCGAGCAAGAAGAGUCGAUUUUCAUGUUGUGGUCAGGUGAGAUACUUUGACCCACAAAAACUUUAAACCACGCACGACCCAACAAAAGACACCGUUGUUGUACCGAGGGAAGUAUUUACGGAGUACGUCAACAAAUUUUAACGUCAUUCUUUCGUAAGGAUUGACCCAAAACCUGCUGAGAACAGGGGGAACAUGACGGUAUUAGUAAGCCCUCGUGUCUCAAGGAAGACAAAUUUAUCACUAAAACAAUAAAAUAGUUCAAAGUAAAAUUUCUAAACUAUCAGAUGAAAAAGUGCAAAAGUUGGUGAAAGUGUUCAUAGUCCCCAGAGAAUGAACCAGACAGACUCUAAAGACAGACUCUUGGCUUCUCCCUUUGCAGCUAUUGUUGUAUUUUUUUCACAUAUACGACAAAAUCCCUGGACUUUAAAGUAAGCAUUUGGUGCAAAAUUUCAUGAUCCUCAAAGGACUUAAAAAAAUCUCCUGGCUUUUCCUUGAGUUUGAAAUUGAUCACUUUUCCGUUCAUGAUCCCCAGAGGACAAAGCGUCAUCACAGCAACGUGAAUGCGCGCAUCGCUACUGCGCAGCACUAGUUUCAGGAAAUGAAGAAAAAUCCCGGAACUACCGAGAGCUUUUUGACUUCAAAUCCAUAUACAGGCGGUAGGCGGAACCAGGUUGUCCAUAGUAUACAGUCUAUGGUCAAGACACGAAGGUUGGCGGUUUGAACCCCGCCCUAUCCUGAGUCUGUCCGUUGUGUCCCUGGGCAAGACACUUAACCCACCUUGCCCCAAGUGUGUGUGUCCUCCACUGAUGUAUGAUUGUGAGUGUUGUGUGGUGGUGUUCGGAGAGGCCAUAGGCGCAAACUGGCAGCCACGCUUCCGUCAGUCUGCCCCAGGGCAGCUGUGACUACGAAGGUAGAUUACCACCACCAGGGUGUGACUGUGUGAGCGGAUGAAUGAUGUAUCCAAUGUAAAACGCUUUGAGGUCACUGACAAAAAGCGCAAUAAAGAUCUGAUGGAUAAUUAUUUCCAUGAAGAAAUGAUCAUAAAUGUUCUUCCUUGAGCUGCGAAACUCCACUGUAGUCCGUAAUGGACUGGCCUGAGGUCUCACUACAAACAAACGGCUGCUGGAAGAGAGUAGGUGAGUUGUGUUUAGUCUCUUUGCUAAAGAAAUGAGUCAAAGUUAAAAAGAUGUUUGGUGUCUAGUACUAUGUCUGUGACCCUAUAUGUCCUGUUGAUGAAGUUAGGUGCUGUUCUGAGCAUUAUUUGUGGCUAUAGAGUGGCGUUCUGGUUGAGGUUUGCUUAUGGCUCCUCAGACCGCUGUGUAUUGCUAUCGUGCGGUCGUUACUAAAGUUGGUAUAACUAGAGAACCAAGCGGUCGGCAACAUUCGUCUCUGGAGGGGGGUCUAACUAGGUGUUACGGUGUGUUUGACCCUAAAUUAAUUUAAAUCUAUUAAAUCCAAAUUACUGAAACGAGACACUAAAUCGGACUAUUUUUGGGUGUUUUCUUGAUGGAACAGCAGAAAAUCACAGAGACCCUGUUUUCCACCAGUAAACCAGCCACUAUGGAUGGAUCUUUUACACGCUGUGUGUUCAUGUCAGAUCUCAUCAAAUAUAGCGAGGAGCUAAAGAAACAGUGUCUCUAUGUCUUUAUCUCAAACACGCCUGAACACACCCUCAUACUCUGUGUGUGUGUGUGUGUGUGUUAGUGUGUGAUGGUCACAUUCCAGCUCCGGGCAGCUCUCCAGCCCAUCAGGUCCACCACACCAAUCUCGCCGAGUCAGCGCACCACACACUCACACACACUUACACACACACAUUCCUGGAGCUGCGGCAGCAUUCCUGAAGUCUUGUGCUCGUCAGCAGGACGAGGGUUUGAACCUGCGACCUUCAUGUUACGGCGCAGUCUCUUAGCGAUCAGCUCAGCUCAGUCUUGACAAUCAAACCCAUCCACAGAGACCGUCUGACGGGAGAGGGUGACCCAGCUGAUUCAGGUGUACAUGUCACCUGUCCAUGUGGAGCUUGUUCACGUGGACAGGUAAGAGAGGUGACUAAAAAAUGAAAACACUGCGCUGUAAAGGCCAAGAGUCUCACCCUAUCCGUUUAACUUACAUACAACGCCUGGUUGAAUACUCAGUUCUGAUUGGUCAAUCAAGGCACUCCAAACUUGUAUUUCUCUGUUCUCUUUUUUUCAGACUGGUAAAAAUUCUAUGAAGUUUAAAGGUAAUUCCUGUUUCCCUGUUCACCUUGACAUACAUCAACAUUAGCUGUCAACAUUUCACUGUAACAGUCUGUUAAGGAAUAACAGACUGUUGCCAUGUGCUGACCAAUAAGAAUGAGGUACAGAACAGACGGUUUCUGUAGAUGGGACUUUGAGCACAGACUCUGACUAACUGUGACCAUAUCAAUAAACAGAGACAGGUCUGAAUAAUUUGACGGCUCAAUAAACACCGAAUACAGGUCAGUUAAAGGCAAUGUUUCAUAGAAGUGGUCAGAUAUUUCUUGAUAGCAGACUGUUACUGUGAGGAAUGGACCAUUGUUGCAAAGAACAGACUGUUGUCAGGGGUGUGGCUUUGAAGACUGUCUCUGGUAGACGAACCUUCAUGUUAGAAGUUUGGUUGAUUUAAUAUUAAAGGGAUAUUCCUGCGUAAAAUUAAUUUAGGGUCAAACACACCCUAACACUGAGUUACACACCCCCUCCAGAGAUGAAUGUUGCCGACCGCUUACUUUAAGUAACGACCGCAGGAUAGCGAUACACAAUGGUCUGAGGAACCAUAAACAAACCUCAAACUUUGACUUGAUUGAGACCUCAGGCCAUUCCAUUACGGACUACAGCGGGGUGUCACAGCUCAAGGAAGAACAUUUAUGAUCAUUUCUUUAUCAUUUCCUUGAAGUAGUAAUCACCAUAUUAAUCAUUUUGCUCUACAGACGCUGAAGUUCUUCUGCCUUAGCGUCUCGGUCUGAUUGCAUUUCCAUGAAGAAAUUAUCAUAAAUGUUCUUCCUUGGGCUGUGACACCCCGCUAGUCAAAGCUAAAAAGAUGUUUGGUGUCUAGUACUAUGGCUGUGACCCUAUAUGUCCUGUUGAUGAAGUUAGGUGCUGUUCUGAGCAUUAUUUGUGGCUAUAGAGUGGCGUUCUGGUUGAGGUUUGUUUAUGGCUCCUCAGACCUCUGUGUAUUGCUAUUGUGCGGUCAGUACAAUUCUACAGAAUAGGAUACAGUGAUGUUUGACAAGACGGAUCUCUAUGUGUCUCCGUUUUUAGAUCUGAGUAGGACCCUGGACUGUCUUUGCACUGGAAAAAUCAACUCCACCAUUCUAUACUGACAUCAACUACAAACAGAAUGUAGAAUGUUCUUUGAUUGUUUAAUCACCGUGGCAACCGGAGAGCGCUGCACUGUGAUCGGUCGGUGUUUGAGGCUCCGUUCCGCUGGCCUGUUAACGUGUGUAUCAGGGUGUAUUUUAGUGGAAGAGCGACGGGACGGAAAACAACAAGGAACAGGUGCUACUGUCCUGUCAAUACACACACACACACACACACACACACACUGAUGCUCUAUCUUGGAGUGUUUUACAGAGCGAAAUUCGACACCUGGAGAAUGUCAGUAAAAACCCGAAGAAUUCAGCUGUUCUCGCGCUCCCCCGCUGUGUUUGUCUCUCUCUGCGUUUCCCUCACAUCUUCAAAGUCAGAACUUUUUCUCGCUUUUUUUUUCUUUUACUUUCAUUUUUCUCCUCUUGUUAUAUUUCUUUCCCUCUUGAAAUUUUAAUCGCUAACUUUUAACCCUUUUGGCUAGGCGUGCAUGAUAGUAGUCUGAGGGGCAGGAAUUCUACUGAUGAUAUAAGCCACAUUUAUUUUUAAAGGAAAAAUCCUGCCUGAUUUUCUAAAUGAACAAUAUUUAUAUUUUUUAUUGAGGAGAAAUAUGUCAAAAUAUUUUUAAAAUUUAUGAAUAAGUUAACUUUUAAUUCUGAGAAAUUAACCUAAUUUAUUUAGAAACAUUUUUUGUCCUAAUUUAGAAAAAAAUUAACUAGUUAAUAUUAAAAAAAUAGAAAAGCAGAAUAUUUUUGGGGCAAAUUAAAUAAAUGUGAAAUGCAUCCAUUAUUAUGGUAUUUAUUAUUAUUAAUUAUUGUAUUAUUUCGUUAAUUUUUUGAUAAAAACAGAUUAAAGUUGCUAUUGAUGAGUGAUUGAAAUGAUCAGUAUUAACAGAUUUCAGUUGCUGGGUCGGUAAUUUUUGAGCUGAUGAAUGUUGUGAAAGUAUUUCUGAGUCUUUAAUGUGAAUUCUCCUCUUUCCUCUUCAGUAAAUGUUUGAAUGACGUCUAUGUCGCGUGCUUCAUUCAUUCACGCCCAUUAUUCAUUAACGGGACGAUUUCUUUUGUCACAUUUUGUGUGUAUCAGUAACAAACCUUUACACCUCAGUCAGGCAUGAAACCAUCUUUGGCACGUUUUAGGGUUUGUUGAUUUGAUCUCAUUUCCAGCGUGUCCUCUCUGGUUGUUGUUGACGCUGAAAUAGAAAAACGCACAAAAACACGUCUCGUUGGACUGAAACGUCACAGAUUAAGUUCGGUGAGUUGCACCUGAGCUUCAUGAUCCAUUGCUCACACGUAAAACAGUCGAGGUGCUCUCUUCUCCUCCUUCCUUUCUUACCUUCCUCCCCUCCUUCCUUUCCUCCACAGUUGAUUCUUCAUCCCUCCCCUGAGGACGAUUGCAGCUCAGACACACUCACACACGGUUACUCAUUAAAAUAUACAUGAGCACUAAGUCCCUAACAUCCCUGCAACACUCCCCGCAUUCAUUAUUGAUGAACACACACUGAACUACACACACACACACACACACGAACACAUACACACUCUCUGCAGCCCGUGUGUAUGUUCGCCUCAUAAAGAACCUGUUGUUUGCUGCAUUGCACCUCUACGAUCUGUCUUCCUGGAAUCGUGCAGCUUCUGUGUUUAAGUCCGAUCAGCUCUAGAUCAAAAAUAUUUCUCCUUCUGUCCAUUUGAUCACAUUGAAAAGUUUACGAAGCGAAAUUAAAUUAAACAAUGACAAAAAAACAAAAAAACACUGGCAGUCGUAUUAAAGAGAGGGUGGAGCGAGAGCGGACAGAGGUGAAAGUUCUGACUGUCACUUCAUCAGGAGAAUCUCAGAUCAGUGUGAACCAAAGUUCAGGAGCACAAGGAGGUAAAAGAAGAACAGACUACAGGGGAGCCACAGGUGGAGAGAGGAGAGCAGGGAGAGGAGGAGGAGAGGGAGAGGAGAGCAGGGAGAGAGUAAGGAGCAGGGAGAGGAGCAGGAGGGGGAGAGAGAGAAGAGCAGGGAGAGGGAGGAGAGAGGAGAGCAGGGAGAGGAGGAGGAGAGAGGACAGCAGGGAGAGGAGGAGGAGAGGGAGGAGAGAGCAGGGAGAGAGGAAGGAGCAGGGAGAGGAGCAGGAGGGGGAGAGAGAGAAGAGCAGGGAGAGGAGCAUGAGAGGGAGGAGAGAGCAGGGAGAAAGAAGGGAGGGGAGAGCAGGAGGGGGAGAGAGGAGAGCAGAGAGAGGAGGAGGAGGAGGACAGAGAAGGGAGAGAAGCAGGAGGAAAAGAAUUGUGGGCAGGGAGAGGAGAGCAGGAGAAGGAGAGAGGGAGAGGAGCAGGGGGAGGAGAGUGAAGAGCAGGAGAAGGAGAGAGGAGGAGGACAGAGAGGAGAGCAGGGAGAGGAGCAGGAGAGGGAGGAGAGAGCAGGGAGAAAGAAGGGAGAGGAGAGCAGGAGGGGGAGAGAGGAGAGCAGAGAGAGGAGGAGGAGGAGGACAGAGAAGGGAGAGAAGCAGGAGGAAAAGAAUUGUGGGCAGGGAGAGGAGAGCAGGAGAAGGAGAGAGGGAGAGGAGCAGGGGGAGGAGAGUGAAGAGCAGGAGAAGGAGAGAGGAGGAGGACAGAGAGGAGAGCAGCAGGAGGAGAGAGGAGAGCAGGGAGAGAAGAGCAAGAGAAGGAGAGAGAAGAGCUGGAGCAGGAGAGAGAGACAGGGGAGAGGAGAGAAGAGCAAAAGGAGGAGAGAGGAGAGCAGGGAGACGAGCAGGAGGAGGAGAGCAGGGAGAGGAGGAGGAGAGAGGAGAGCAGAGAGAGAGAGGCAGGAGAAAAGAGAGGAGAGCAGAGAGAGGAGGAGGAGGAGAGAGAAGAGCAGGGAGAGGAGGAGAGUAGAGAGGAGGAGAGAGGAGAAUACCUUUUUUUUCAGGUGAAGUCGAGGGAAGCAAAUGUCUCCUAUAUUCAUGUCAUUACGGUAAUCCUCCCUCCCAGCUCUGACCCUUUGCUCCUUAUUUGUAGUGAAACUUUCUCAAAGAGUGUCUCUCUACUGUACUCGGCUUUCUGCUCACACACAUGAAACAUCAUCUGCUGAAAAUCAAUCCUUCACACAUUCCUCUGAUCUGCUCUCUCACUUUUUAUUGAUUCUUCACACACUUGUGGACUCAUCCAGCCAGCUACACACACACACACAUACACACACACACACACACACACACACACACACUACAAACAGAAGACACAUCUGCCCGAGUCUUUGAAGUGGGUUUCUGUGUUUCCAGAGUCUGACAGUAGUUAGCUGCAAGGAAAACACACAUUCACACACACUAACGUACACACACACAUUCACAGACACUAACGUACACACACAUUCACACACACUAACGUACACACACACAUUCACAAAUGUGUGUAUUUUUCUAUAGGCUACAUCAGAAGAGGUUUUAUAAACACAUUUGCAGGCAUUGUCCAUUCUUGUUGAUAGAAAUAAUUGACAUUUCACCUCAACACACUCACACAAAUACACUCACACACACACAGUCUUCAAGUGUGGGAAAGAGUCAGCUGUUUUAAUGCAUAACACACAAAAACACACGCACACACUAGUUUCAGGUUUUACUAGACCAUCAGAGGCAGCGACUCAGUGGGUCUGCAUACCAGAGAGCGGGUGAGGGAGGGUGAGUUCAAAAGAACCAAAAAGAGAGAGAGCGGAGAAAAAAGCGCAGUAGCAUCAUCAGCCUGUCACCAGGGGGCGCUGUUCUCGGGGUGGCUUCACCCAGCAAGGAGGCAGACAGCGUCCAUUCCACAUCCAGUCUAUGGUGAUAACUGGUCUAGAGUGAAUCCUCGGAGCGAGUCAGGACUAGAGUCCAUGGUACUGAAAGGUGUUUCUAAAGCCAUCGUCACCUUACAUUCACAGAAACACACCUGUCAGUGUGACUGAAAGCAUCGCAAACACGUCUGUGAGUCAGUGUACACAGAAAGUCAAAUAUCUGCAGGCCUGUACGAACCACGUCACACUGCUCCCCGAAACGUCUAAAACUGUGAAGAAUACGCCACUGUUCUCUGAUCUGUACGAGACCGUUUGAGAGAAAAGGGGGAAACACAAAGAAGGAAAGAUAGAGAUAAAGUGAAGGAAGGAAAAAAAAGGAUGGGGGAAAGUGAAGGAAGAAUGGAAAGUGGGGAUGGAAUGAAGGAGUAAAGGAAGGAAGAACAAGGAAGAGCAAUGCAAGGAGACUAGGGAGUGAGAAAAAAUCAAGGAUAUAGGAAUGAUAGAGUAUGAAAAAGAGAAAGUCUGAAGAAAGACAGAUGGAGAGAUAAAGGAAUGAUGGAAACAAGGAAGGAAAUGAGGAAGGAAUGAAUGGAGGGAGGAAACAUGAACGGGGGAAGGAAAUCACAGAGAAGGGGAGGAGAAGGGGAAAGAGAAAGAGGCAGGAGAGCAGCUGAACAGGUGAUCGAGGAGGAGGAGGAGGAGGAGGAGGUGUGUGUGUUUUGUUUCUCCAGGCAGUGGGUGAAGGUUUGACCUCCCCAAAUUAUCCCCCUGCACCCUUUAAACACUGUCUGAUCCGUGUGUGUGUGUGUGUGUGUGUGUGUGUGUGUGUGUGUGUGUGUGUGUGUGUGUGUGUGUGUGUGUGUUGCCUACGGGAUUUUCAGUGUGUCGACCUGUGGGUCAAUCAGCUGUGAGAAAGCUGUGACCUCCACCUCCCCCCCACUGGGGGCCUGAGUGUUUGCAGCUCCAGGGAUGACACUGUAGCUCCUCCCUUUUGUCUGGAGUCAAAUAUCUUGAUAGGCUCAUAUUAAUUAAUUAAAUAUAACUUAUAUAGAGUUGAUAAUAUUAACUGUAUCGCUUGUUAACCUAUCUAAAGCAAAAGCUAGCAUUUUUAGGGGAAAUGAGCAGGACUAUGGUGAUCUUGAUUUGAUGUGAAUGAUCAGAUCAAUCCUGGCCACACUUGACUGUUGAGAACUAAUUGCCAUGAGGUUUUGACCAAUCAGAAUGAAGUAUUUUACACAGCUGCGUGGUAAUGAUACCGGGUUAUUUUGCUAAUAAAUGUUCAUGUAAAUAAAAAUCAUUCGUUUUUUAAGCACGCGCUCUCUCUCUCGGUUUGAUUUGGACGGUUAGUGACGUCUCUCCGUUCUAGAACUCGUGAAGUCAUCGUGUCACUGUGACGGCGGUGGAACGUCGGAACUCCUCAGAAUUCUAAUCACACUCUGCUCACUCCUCUCACGCGCACACACACACACCCACCGCGCGCGGCUCCAACCCCUCCCUUUCUCUCUCACGAGGCAGAGAGAGAGGCAUGUCCCUGCGUGUUCCUGUGGUGGUCGAGCGAGGUAGAGAAAAAGGAGAGAGAGAGAGAGUGAGAGAGCCAGUCCUCCUUGGUGAAUCCUGAAGCAGCAGCAGCAGCACGAGCUCCACACGGGCUGGUUUCACAUUCAUAUUUCUCAUCGAUUAACCGAUUGACCGGAUGGAUUGUUGACGCCACGCCGUUGAAAUCUCGGAUGUUCAUCUCUUUGGAGUUCGGGAUUUAAUCGAUACACAUUAGAUUUUAUUUUUUUCUUGGUUCUCGGUCUCCGGGAGGCUCUACCCACCCGGGGCAGCCAUGGGGUUCUACGGCACCUUGAAGCUCAUCUUCUACAAAGUGAGUAUCGAUCAUAUCGGUUCGACCAGCUGACGUCAGCAGAGGGGCUUUCACCCCCGCGUUCUAGAAUUCAUUGAGAGCUGUCGUUGAGGGAUUCAAGGUUGUCAGGCUCGUGCGGCACCGGGAUGACAAGGCGUUUCUCCCUGACAGCGGAAUGCCUCGGUAGCGCGUGCGUGUCUGUGUGUACCCGCCGCGUGCGUGUCUGUGUGUGUACCCGACGUUUUUGUGCGCCCGUGUGUGUGUGUGUGCGGACCACUGCGGAACCAGGAGAGGGACUCCUCCUGUUAUGUCCUUUUCCCAUCUCCCUCUUCUUCUCUUUCGUCUCUGUUCGAUCAGGUUAUUGAUCACUGAUCACCCUCAGCAGCCUCUCUGUUGGGUCUUCACUCUGAGCCAUCGAACAAGGCGGAGCUCGGGGUUGGAAUCCUGGUCACAAAUGUAGAAAAAUGCGUUAAUGCUGUCAAGUUUCUUCACGUGAAUCAAACGACAGAUGUCUAAAUGAAGUGAAAACUGUAAUAACUGAGGUGAUACUGCACCUUCUGCUGUCUUUAAUGAGACAUUUGACAGGUUUGAGCUGCGAUUAACUGAAAUAUAGAGGUUUUUAUUCAACAUCAGAAAUGAAAGAAAACCUUUAAACUUAGCAGACAUGUUUAGUUUCCGGUUGAUAUUGAUGCUUUAGGUUAAAACACCGGAAAUUGAAAAUACUUGCUAAUGAUGGAUAUGAAACAAAACAGGUGUUGUUGAUUUCCAUCUUUGUUGUACAUAAGGUGUUUAAUAACCAAAAAUCGAAGAAAACAUCAAAUUCCAGUGCAUUCUUGUUGUGGUUUCUACCAGUCAUAAAAUUGACGAUUCUGGCCCACUUACAAACGCAAGUUUAAAAUGUCUGUUGCACCACAGUUUGGCUCUUAACGGCAUAUUUGUGGUCAAUUUUGUGCAUAACAGCAAAAAAUCCAAGAAAACAAAUAGGAAUUGACUUUAUCUGUCUUAAAAAGCACGAGUUAAAGGAAGUUACUACAUUUACAGCGGCUUCAAAUAGUUUUGUACUGCCCUUAAGAAAAAAUAUAAAGAAUAUAAUCAAUUAAAAUUAUAAAAGAAAAGUUUGAAAUCUUAUCAAAACCUACAAAGAUGGUGUAGACAGAUAUUAUUGGGAAGAUGUCACAUAAGGAGGCCUGUGAUCUGGCAUAGCUUAGGAACAGGUUGAUACAAGUAAAACUGCAGGACAAAUUAAAAACGAAAGGAAAAGUUUAAUAGGUGUAACAAAAAUUUAACAAAAAAAAAACUACACAGUUCAAUGAUGUCAAAACACAUCGUAGCAUCAAAUAUAGUGAGUCACAGUGAAAACUUAAAGAAGACGACCAAAUAUUGGACAGAUAAGUGACCAGUACUUUCUCAUUGUCAUAUAAGAAUUAAAGUGAAAAACUUUCUUGUCAUAGUUGGAUAUUAAUGUGUAAAAGUACUUAGAACUACACUCUGGCCCAGAAUGUGCUGUAUAAUGACAGUAAAUGACACAAAAAGAAGCUUUAAAUAAUGUUCUUUACAGCUACUUCUUCAACAGCUCUAGGAUAUCAUGACUUAUUCGGCAGGUUAAUGCCAUGAAGGGUGUGUUUGGGGUCCAAAGUGAUGCGUAAUGUUUAUAAAAGGGCACUAAAGCGAUUCGAAACUUAAACCUUUAACUUCCUCUCAUCCACUCGGCUUUAAAUGUCAAUAUUACAACUCUUACAAUUGACUGAUAAGUGCAAAUGUAGCUCCCAAAGAAAUACUGUUGGGAAAAGUCUCUGCAGUUUGGCAUUAUACCAAAGUCUAAUGUAAAACUAGAAAAGCACUCGGAGAGCUCAUGUCCCCCUUUAUAUUGUGAUUCACACCAAAACUUUUACUGUUACGUUUCUUUUAUUAACGUUUAUUUGUGUUUAAACUGGUAUGUUCACUGUUCACAAUGUUCCUAAAACAAGAAAUGCCCUGACCAGGAUUCAAACCCAGGACCUUCUGGUUGUGAGGCGAACCACUACACCACUGUGCCGCCUAUCUACACCAUUGUGCCGCCUGUUGGUUAUCUUUCAGCAUUGAAAAUUCCAACAACACCCUUAUUUUUGUGUGUUCUGAAUCUGGAUCACAGUAUCCAGAAUUUUGUCCGGAUCACCACCAAAAUGUAAUGGGAUCCUCCUGCGGCUGAGACGCACCUCUGGUGAAAAUUUCAGGUCAAUCCGUCUGUAACUUUCUCCGUAAAGACAAACAAACCGACGCUACCGAAAACAUAACCUCCUUGGCGGAGGUAAUAAUGGUCAUACAGUCUUCAGAAGUCAGUGCAGUCAAGAGAGUCACAUUUUCAUCAACCUGACACAGUCGAACCCUCAACAGAAAAGUGAUGCUAGCUGAACAGAAUUACAAGAGUUAUCCAAGGAUACAUAUGUGGAUAUUUAUACCAAAGUACAGCGAGCGCACGUUUUCUUUCCCCUCAAACACCAAAGACUUGAAUAUCUGGUUUUAACAGCAAACACAUUUGGAUGUUUUUCACCCUGAAGUGAAGUUUUUCUCUCCGGCUUAAUGAAAUCCACACAGACGCGACAUCUGCGAUGAAAAUCCAGCGACAUCAGGGGGGGAAAAGUCUGAAAAUGAAAAGCAGAUUAUGAGUUUAGGUCGGAGUUAAGAGCCGUAUGUUGUUGAUGUUUAGAGUCUAAAACUGUGCGGCGAAGCGUCAGACGCCCGCGAGUUCAAUCGUGCCCUCAGUUUUGACCUGCAGGCGUACUUCUUUUUUUUAUAGCACAAACAUUCAGAUUACACAGGGGUUUAUGUUAAGAUGCUAAAAGGAGGAAGGACACACACUCAUACCAUCCGUAGUGUGUGUGUGUGUGUGUGUGUGCAGCCUGCUAGUGCAUGCUGCUCUAUUUUUGACCGUUGCUGCACCGGCGACAUUCCUGCGAUUUUCUGCAUUCCUGCAUUCAUUCAGUGAAAGAGAGAGAGACAGAGAGGAAAGAGAUAGAAGGCCGAUUCAGAGCUCUGGGCCGGUGCGUUUGUGUUCCUCCAACAGCGUAGGUGUUGUCAGCGUCUCACUGAAGGCUGCAGUUCACCGUCGUCUCUUCAUCAGUGUAAAUCCUGUUUGGAGUUGAUUCAGUCCUUUUCAAGUCAAAACCAACCGUGAGACUUUCAAACACGGAAUACCUUCUCCGAUAAUCAGAUGAUUCGUCUCAUUCAUGGCCUUUCUUCCUCUGUAAGAAGCAAAACUAAUCAGGCAGUUUUAGUAAUGGGUUUAUUUAAGCAUGAAAAUGACUCCAAUCAGCGUUUUUUGGAGCCGAACACGAUUUCUUCCCGCCGGAGAAAUUGACAUUUUUGGUUGCCUAGAUUGUGGAAAUACAGAUUUUAAAUGGAAACUACUUAGAAAGAUCAUUUAAAGUUGGUGCGCCCUCGGCCAGCCGUCAUUUAUUAAUUUAUUACCCAUUUUUUAAAUUAGUUAAACCUCCACCACAAGUGUUUCCGUUACAUUUGAAAGGUAGAAAUUCAGCAGAAACCCUGUGGAAGUCUGUGGAUAGUGGCCUAAUAAUGUUUAAAGACUCAAAGAAGGAAAUAUGAACACGCUGUAGGGCGGUCACUGUUUCAAAAAUCUAAAGUUCAACUGAAUAUCAGACAAGACGAGCUGAUGUUCAGAUAUAUUCAAUUGUACAAAUCCUGUUUUUUUCAAUAAAACAUGGGGGGGAAAGAAGCAACAUCUUGUCUUAAAAAUGUCAAAUUAGUUCUUUUAAUCGAAAAAUUAAUAAAAUAUUUCCGCAGGCCGCUGCUCAAAUGUUCUGGUGUGAUGACGUCUGAGUGCAAGAGCAGCAUUCGAUGGUCAGGUUACACCGAGAGCAUUAUCAUCUAGAUUAGACGGCCCGCUUCUUUAGACGUCCUGAUGUGCUGAUGAACUGUUUUGUUGUUGUAAAGUCAUCCUGCUGAUGAUUCCCAAGACGUUCUGUGAGAUUUCUCCUAACUCACACUUUAUUUUCAGUCUGCCCUUGACAAAUGACUCUGUGAUAGGUCAUUAUAAAUGUAAAACUGUUAAGACCAUGCAGUGGUUGUGUCUUCUACUGACUCUUCUUUUGUGUUUUUGAACCUCCAGAUGAAAAGGAAGCUCGAUCAUGGUCCAGAUGGGCGGCCAUUCCCAUCAGGGAAAAAGCACUGCAAAGGCAACGGUUACCUCAGGUAAAGAAACGACUCAAUGUACCAACAGUUCACGAGAAGGACUGAAUGUGAAAACUGACAAAAACUUUUAAUUUGCAACAAAAAUUCACAUGAAAAAUGUUCAAAGAGGUUCAUCUGGUUUAUUUGAACUGAAACUGCAGCGAAUGCUAACAUUCCUGUCUGUGUCUCCACAGUCCCUCCAAUCUGGUUCAAGCCACGCCCACCACUUUCGGAGACCUGCGGCUGGCCAAUGGGCAUUCGGCUCAACGGCGGCGAGUCACCUCAGGCCCACCCCCCUCUGGCCUUCAGGACUGGCUUCAUACCUUCCAGGUGAGCCCCACAGACGGUAAAAACAUGUCUCUAGUCCGAGUGAGGUCACCUUUGGGGUUUUGAAGCGGGCUGUUGACAUGGUGACCUCAUCGGACUUUGGGCUGUUUACUCUAGAAAUGAACUUCUUGUCUGAGAUGAUAAGAUAGAGGGUUUAUUGAUUGCCAGGGGGGGUUUCCGAUACAGCUGCAGCACAUGGGGAGAAUGGAAAAAGAAAUAAUUCCAAGAAAACCAUAAAAAAAAGAUUAAAAACCACUCAAAGGAAAAUAAACUGUGGAGGGUUUUGUUGGUCCUGGUUCAUGAGGUUAUUCGAAAAGGUCUUUUAUUCAAAUGUUGAGCAUUUUAAGGAUAAAAACAGCCCUAAUGUGGUCAACCUUAAGUUCGCAUCCAAAUGGGGCUGUGUUGCCAAUCAAGCUAACAGUUAACGUUAGCUUGAUUGGUAACGUAGCUACAGCUAAUGUGAGCCCAAAACUGAGAAGAACGUUGACUCUUGAUUGUAUUUAGUGUUACUUAUGUUGCAUUUAAGUUACCUCGGAAGUCAGAUGUCCGAACAAGGGAAUGGCGCCGCAUCCGAGUUACCAAGUCUGAAAAAAGCUAAAUCGGAGGUGGAAACAAGAUGGCUUCAUCUACGAAAGUUUAUGUAGCGCUUGGCUUGUAUUCGGACGAGGCUUUUUUCCAACUUGGUAACUAAAACGUUGGUAACUCGGGUGUGACGUCGUAGUUUGCCUAGUGUUUUACCUUAGCAACAGUAACCGGGGGGGCGGGGCAUAAACUGGAGGCUAGUGACAUAUUUUUUUAUAUCAAAUGACUCACAAAGUUAAAAGUUUGGGGUCUUCUAACCACUACACAAAGAAAGAAAGGGUCAUGUUUUGAGGUGAACAGGGUUUUCUGCUCCUGGCGCACGGAUUGCAGGACAGAAAAUAAGGGUCCAAGAGCUGCUCGGGUUUUAUCUGCGUCCAUCAGCUGACUUUACUUUUAAGACCAACUAACAUUGAAAGAGAAACGAACAUUUUUGCCUCGGUGUCGACAGUAAGGCCGGGACGAUAUGCCGAUUCGAUUUCUACGAAAAUUUCGUCCGCAUUUUUAACACCAGUGAAACAUUUGAAUGAUUAUGAUCGUCUACUGACUAUUCCAGGACGCAUAUAACCCCAACAGUCAACAGGCGGAGGGGGAAUGUGCUGGAAGUCAUUUCUAAUGAGAGGAUGUAACGUGUUUUAUCAUCGUAAUCACUGUUAUUCUGGGGUUUGACCAAUCAGAAUCAAGGAUUUAAGACAAGCAAGUAGAACGACAUUCAAAGUCAACAUUUAUGCACUCUACACACACACACACACACACACACACACACUCCGUUUCUGAUGCGUUGUAUUUCAGUGAAAUGUGUGUUUGAAUAUCUUCCGCUUCCUGCACGUAAACAGAGAGAGGAGUGCUGCCUUCAAGCUAUCCUUAUGUAACUAAUAAAAACACACAAGUACAGACACAGAGGGGGAACACACACACACACACACACACACACACACACACACAGUGUAUAUUUAAAUGAAAAACACAAAUCUGGCUUUUUGUAGCUCGGGGAAAAACCUAAAACGAUUUCAGGGACGUGGAAACACUUCAAACCGCACGCAGAAAAAGAACAUGUUCACACACACACACUCGCACAAAAACAGAGAAACACACACAACUUAGUUUAACAACACACACAAACACAAAACUGUUCGUAUAAACAGAGAGGGACGUUAAUAAAAGAGGUCAAAAAUUGAAUUAUUGCUCGGCUGUUUGUGUUUCAAAUUAAAGAAGAAAAGCAGGAAAAGAAAAAAAAAAAGUUCAUUUGAAGUUAAAUUUUCCUCCUCCUGCAGGCGUGGAGCGGUCCUGAGAGGCUAUUGGCUCUGGACGAGCUGAUUGACAGGUGCGAGACCAACCAGGUGAAGCACAUGAUGCAGGUGAUCGAGCCUCAGUUCCAGAGAGACUUCAUAUCGCUGCUGCCCAAAGAGGUACCUGGAGUUAUCGUCACUUCAGCACACGUGCUUGUCAAAGUUACUCCAUCAUGUUCUGGAUCUUGAGUGUUUUCUGUGUGUGUUUGUGUGUGUUUGUGUUUGUGUAGUUGGCCCUGUACGUGCUGACCUUCCUGGCUCCCAGAGACCUGCUGCAGGCCGCUCAGACCUGCAGGUACUGGAGGAUCCUGGCUGAAGAUAACCUGCUGUGGAGGGAGAAGUGCCGCGAAGAAGGUAAAUAAAUACGCAAUAAACACUCGCUAGCUAAGGGUGUGACGGAGUUUGAGGGCGGCAUGAAGGAAAGUGUAAAAUUUCUAGAAUAAAGUCGAGAGAAUGAAAUCAUAGAGCUAGAAAGAUGAUGUUACGAGAAUAAAGUCAAAAAAACUCCAAAAAAUAUUCCUAAGUUGUAUUCCUCUGAAAAUGAAGUCGGAAUAAUGUCGAAAUAUUCCAGAGAUAAAGACGAUGUGUCAUAAAAAUAAAGUCAAAGUAAAGUCAUUAACCGUCCUCCUGUGUUAGGGUCUGCACCGACCCGUUUUUGUUUUUAAACGCUGAAAAGAAACACUUAAAUUACCGUAUUUUCCGCACUAUAAGGCGCACCGGAUUAUAAGGCGCACCUUCAAUGAAUGGCCUAUUUUAAAACUUUGUUCAUAUAUAAGGCGCAUAGAAUAGACGCUACGGUAGAGGCUGGGGUUACGUUAUGCAUCCCUUAGAUGGAGCUGUGCUAAAGGGAAUGUCAACAAAACAGUCAGAUAGGUCAGUCAAACUUUAUUAAUAGAUUACAAACCAGCGUUCUGACAACUCCGUUCACUCCCAAAAUGAAUAAACAGCUGUUUUAUUAUUUUCCCCCGAGGUAAAGUCAGUGACGUGGUAUUUCGUUUAUCUUUGAACAACAGCAAGGUAUAACAUGUAGUGCACGGCAUGCCUCGCGCAGUCAUAUAUCCCAGCAUGCACCGCGCGCUUCUUCUUCUACGGGGGAAAAUGAAGUCGGCGGCUGCUUACCGUAGUUGCGAGACCUGUUGUGGCUCAAUAUUGGUCCAUAUAUAAGGCGCACCGGAUUAUAAGGCGCACUGUCAGCUUUUGAGAAAAUUGGAGGUUUUUAGGUGCGCAUUAUAGUGCGGAAAAUACGGUAGCUGUUUUACAUCAAGACUUUUGACUUUGUCAGGAACCUCGAUUUCAACAAACUAAAAAUAAAACAGAUAAAUUGACUUAAUUAUAAAACGCUCUUCCUAAAAUGACGGCACUUGAAAAGCUCUUACUGAAAUCAUCAGAGCACUGUCAUUCCAAUCAUGUGAGAUUUAGGAAAUUCUCAUUUUGCCGAGUUUUUCCUACACGGGAAACAACGUCGGGCGUGUCCAGACAUGUGCGAUCAGUUCAGUAUAGAUGUCUGUAUGAGGGGUACACUGACGAAGACCGACCCAGAGGACCAGGGUUGGGGAUCCUUUGAUUUUGAACGAUUCCAGUUUCGAUUCCGAUUCCUUGUGUCGAUUCCGGUUCCUAUCGAUUCUCUAUUCCGAUUCUUUUAAAAGGCACAACAUUAAAAAAAUACACGGUUUAAAUGAGGGAAGAAAGUGUAACGUCAUGAUUUUAUCUUCUUACGACAACGAUAUUUUUGAAACCUUGAACUCUAUAUUUGGCGGCAGUAGCUCAGGAGGUAGAGCGGUCGUCCAGUAACUGGAAGGUUGGCGGUUCGAUUCCCCCCUAAUCCAAGUCUAUUUGUUGUGUCCUUGGAUAAGACACUUAACCCACUUCAUAUCGAAUGUAAAGCUCUGUCAAACUCUUCCCUCUUCACUGAACAUGCCGAAGAUUGUGCGUCUCUAAACGCUGUGCGACAAAAAUAGCGAUUGUGCGUCUAUGAGGGGGGAAAGAUCUGUAUUCCCUCCAUGUUUUUAAGGAUUCCUGAAUUAAUCACCUCAGUUACUCCAUAUUCUCCUCUGCGAGCUGCUAUAAAAAGUCAAUUCCCACUGUGGGGGAUCAGCAAAGCCUAUCUAAUCUUAUCUUAUCUUCUCCGAGUAUAAGAGUAGCUCUGCAGGUUUCCUUCUCCGCUGUCCUUCCUGUUCCGUGUUCGUUUGCUUUGCCACAUUUUGAUUAAUCUGCUCUGAGAAGCUGGAGAAUGAUGGAGGAAUUGUUGUACUUCCUGCUGUGGUUGUGAGAUUUAAUCAGGUGUUACCUGAGCGGGGGGUUCUGUCGGUGUGUUUGCAGAUUUUCCUCGAGGGGGGAAAAUGAAAAACAGGAAACAAAUUGGGGCUGGAGCUGACUGGAUGUGUCGUCCUUUCGAACCUUGAGUGUUACAUGCAAAUACAGCCACACAGUCAGCCAGUCAGUCACUCCUCCUUCAUUCAGCGCAAUGCAGUAGCUCCAAGUGUGUGUAUAUAUGUGUGUGUGUGUGUGUGUUUCUCUCCGGGCGCUCUGCCAGUCAGCCAGGAUUCACUGCCAGCACUCAGCAGUCAUACCAAUGAGCCUACCUCCAGUUAGCGCCACACCACAGCCAUACUAAUGAAGCCAGCGCUAACUGCAGCCCGCCAGCUUCAUAAAUAAGGCUAAUUUGUAUUUCUGCUGCGCCACCGUCACACCAGUGGGAAUAGUGGUCGUGUUAGCUAACGCUCAGUAAGAAUAUUAAUGUGAAAAAACAAAUCCAGCUAGCAGCUAGUAUCAGUAAACGAGCUCUGCUAUUAGCGCAAAGAUAAAUUCGAACGAACACAACUGAGCUAGAAAAUGGCGGUAAAUUUAAGCUAAAUCAGUUGAUGCUGAUUAAAGUCCAGGUUGACGAUCUGAGAAGAAGUGUCCCACCCAGAAUAUGGUCGCUCUAACAUAUGUCCUUUUUUAACAUAAACACAAUCAAUGCCAGAAAAGCUGUACAAAUGUCAUUUGGCGAACAUCUGUUUCUGUUAUCAGAGACUCGAUGAAAUUUUGAGUUAGCGGUGAAAACCUAUAGUCUACUUUUUUAAAACUGAAGCUAGGCAUUGAUAAAGGAAUCGUUAAAGAAUUGAAUCGAUAAGCAGAAUCGAUAGUGGCAUCGAUAUCGAUAAAAUCUUUUCAAAUCACUAUUGAACCAGAAUAUGGCUGUAAAUUUAAGCUAAAUCAGUUGAUGCUAAUUAAGUCACUGUUUGCUACAUUAGUUUCACUCAAAACAAGUUCGAUGUUAUGCUAGCGGUGUAAGCUAGCAUUUAAUGUCGUCAGUUAAGACAAAAAUUGCUAAUAUUGCUACGUGUUGUGGGCGCACUUAGCUGAAUCGCUAAUAAUUUCAUCCAACUACAUUAGCUUGAACUGCCGACAAUAAAGCUACAACGAGCUGUCAUGACUGAGCUUCAACAAUAAGCGGAACAGCUGCGCUAAUUUUGUCAAACUAUCAAAAUAUUAACUAUUAAUUUUAUAAAAAUUACACAAUCAGGGUGACCGUUUCCUGAAUCGCCAAAAAGAGGACGCGACUACGCGGGGGUCGCACAAAGUUAAUUUUGAGAGUCUUUCGGGUCGGAUCGGUGAAGCGAUGAAACUGGUGUGGCUAAUUUUAGCUUAUUAUGCUACGUUUAUUGAUUGCUGAGUCAUGUUGGGGUCAUUUCUUCUCUGUGGUUCAGUCCAUCUCUGCAGCAAACUCUAAAUCUCUCUUUCUCCCUCUCUUCUCAGGUGUGUCAGAGUGCGUGUCAUCUCGGCGCAGGAAGUGUGCGCGGCCAGGCGUCAGUCCGUGGAAAUCAGCCUACAUCCGACAGCACCGGAUAGAGUUCAACUGGAGGAAGGGGGACAAACGAGAGCCGAUGGUACGCAGUCACAGCCUCACGCACCGUUGAAGACGAACAGCUUCUGUUUGGUGUGUAAACACGGGUUUAAUGUCAUUACAUCCCUCUGACUCCGUCUCUCUCUGCAGGUGCUGAAAGGCCACGACGAUCACGUGAUCACCUGCCUCCAGUUCAGCGGCGACCUGAUUGUCAGCGGCUCAGACGACAACACGCUCAAAGUGUGGUCGGCCAUUACUGGAAAGGUAGGACGCGUGUGUGCUCGCUUCAGCAGACAAAGACGUAUUGAUUAUGGAAAUGAUGGUUUUCUGCUGCUUCAGCAGUCAUUCUGACAUUUAUCAGGAACCAAACUCCAUUCAGAAAACGGUGAAUUUUAGAUUUACUCACUGUAAAAUCUACAACAGACACGACAAAGCACUUAAUUAGACUUUUUAUGUAUUUGUAUCAUGGUGUAGUCAUUUCUGCAUCUUUCUCACUCAUUCAUUACCUUUGAAUAUGAAUAUCAGAAGGAUCUAUGUCGUAUAGUCGUCUUUUGAACUAAAUCUGGAAUUAAACUGAAGCUAAAUCUGUUGAUUUUAGUAGGAUUUAGCUUUUGCAAGCCAGAUUAAUUUAGAUUAAGUGUGAAACUUGAUUCAGAAAACAAACAUUUUCAGCGUUAUUCGCUUGUUAGCGUGCCAGCGAGUGUUAUGGUUGCAUUAUUUUGGAGCAGCAGCGCCUAAAAAGCUCAGGGACAGAAUUAUGUUUUAUGACAGAAUAUUUAAUAGAAAUUAGAUUUUUUAUUUAAACUUCAGCUUCUCAUCAACAGUAUGAUAUGAUACUUACAGGUAUCCAAGAAGCAAAUUUGAUGUAAAAGUCGUUUGAUGCGUCAGCAGUCAUCCAGACAUUUAUCAGGAACCAAACUCCAUUCAAAAAACGUUAAAUUUUAUAUCUACUCCCUGUAACAUCUACAACAGACCCAACAAAGCACUUAGUUAGACUUUUUAUGUCAUUAUUAUCAUUUCAGCAUCUUUUUCACUCACUCAUUCCUUUUGAAUAUGAAUAUUAGAAUAAUCUAGAUCAUUUAUUUGAUGGUAAAUCUUUGUUUCUAAGUAAUAAAGACUUUUUGGUGAGAGGCGAAGUAUUUGAAAAAUUCCUACUGAGUCUAGUCGUCUUUUAAACUGAAUCUGUAAUAAAAGCUCAGGGACAAAAUUAUGGUUUUGACAGAAUAUUUUAUAUAAUUAAAAAUUUUAUAGAAUUUUUAUUUAAACUUUACCAUGAAACAGUUUCUCAUCCACAGUAUGAUAUAAUAUCUCCAAAAACUUGAACAAUUACAGGUAUCCAAGAAGCAAAUUUGACAUAAAAGCCGUUUGGUGCGUCAGCAGUCAUUCUGAUAUUUAUCAGGAACCAAACCCCAUUCAAAAAACGUCAAAUUUUAAAUCUACUCCCUGUGACAUCUACACCAGACCUGACAAAGCACUUAAGUAGACUUUUCAUGUCAUUAUAGUCAUUUCAGCAUCUUUUUCACUCAUUCCUUUUGAAUAAGAUUAUUCGAAGGGUCUAUAUCCAAUCUUAAUCCAAGAAGCAAAUUUGACAUAAAAGUCGUCUCUGAAUUUGAGACUCGGAUACAUAAAGCCUUCGAAGGACAUGAGGAAAUAACCGACACCAAGGUCACAUAAGAUUCAUCACCAUCCAAGAAUGCGAUCAGGCGGCAAAUUAAUCAACAGUGUGUCUUAGAGUGACUUGUCCUGGCACAAGACGCCGUCUGUGGUUGGUCUGCUUCAUGAGUUCGGUUAUAAUCAAACUGUAAGUUAUGUAGGUCAGCGCGAUCUCAAAGGAGACUAUGGAGCUUAUAUGACUGAACAGAGGAGGAAGAAAGCAGCAAACUAAAGUGGAUUAGCGGUAGGUGGACCAGUUGUGUUAGUCAGGGUGUGUCAUUGUUCUGACGAAGCCCGAGGGCCCGCCGGCUCUGAAUCCUGUACGUAUAUUUGUGUUAAAGGUGAGGAGGCUUUUUGUGAAAAGACUUUCUCUUUAGGAUUUACUCUGUGUACUCAAGCAGACCCACACCCAUCCUGUCUUUACCGUCAGCCAAAGACAAAGUGUCUGUCCCUGUCAGAUUCAAGUCUAGUCGUAGACAGUAAUGGUCCAUUGGUUCUUGAAAAGAGACAUAAUCCGAUCACGAGAAUCUUUCGAUUAUUAUGUUUCAGGACUCGACACUAACUUCUUUCACAAGGAGCUCCUAAGUUAAAAAAGUGAGGAGCUUUAGGGGCCCAAUGAAAAUUAAUCAAAUACUGUGUGUCUUACUGGUCGUUACCAUGGAAGCUAUUGAAGAAAAUGUUAUUCUAAAAGGACAAAUUAGGGGAAAUAAAGAGGUGUGUCUUAUUGCUCGACAUAAGGUCUAGGGCCCGUCAAUUUUAGCCCGUUUGAGACUAAUCGGUAAUCGGCCAAAACUCGCCGAUUUUCGCAGAUAUUUUCAGAAAUAAAAUGCAGAGAAUAAGAUUUGAUGUCACUUCGAAAAUUUUCCGCCAUUUGAAAAGUUCCCCGACUUAUCCUGUAGAUGGCGCAGCGGCCUCAUGACAAUCAGCUCAGGGACGCACGGAGGAGAGUGGUCCGCUUCAACGGGAAAUAAACCAGUUUGUGAAAAACACAAUAAGUCAACAAGUUUCAGGUCAACCCACUUCACCAUGUUCCCCGCUGUGCUGGUCUCGGUCACGCCGAGCUAACGGUGAAACACCAUGUAAUAUGCAAGCUAAAGUUAGAGUUAGCCACCUGCUAUUAGCCUUGCUACACUGUUAGCCGUGCCAGUAACGGUAGAAUAAACAACAGAACACCGAUCGGCGGUGGCGGCGGUCUACCUGUCGGCGUAAAGAGCAGUAGCCUACAGUAUAUCGACAAUAUAACAUAGUAUAGUGUAGAUAUCGAGAGUUUAUAUAUAUAUUUUUUUAUAACUUCAUAAAAAAUGUAAAAAAUCAGCCGAUUAAUCAGUAUUUAUAUUUUUUCCCCCCUAAUAAUCGGUAUCGGCAUCAGCCCCACAAAUCCAUAUCGGUCGUGCUAUUAUUUAAAUCAAUUUUAGGUCAAUUGGUCACAUGACAGUGAAGCUAUUGAAGGAAAACAGCCUUUUUUCUAAGAACAUCAACCGGUAAUUUAUUGACGGUCCCUUAUUUAACACCCGACAUUGACAGCGAGGGGCCGAGUUGAUUUAACCGCGCUGCUGUUGUUAUUCCCGGUUAUGGAGGGUGAGAAGACACCGGUAGAUCCUCAGAGAAUGUCCGUCAGAUAUCCAACCUGAAACUAACUUCACCGCCAUAUAAACAAUUUUUGCCUCAGCUGAUUUUUUUUAUUCGCACAUUGACCCCUAAAUAUAUUUUACAGUUCGCACAAAUACAGUUUAUCAAAGGUGGAACCAGAACCUGGUCUGCUGGGUUCACUCAGGUCUACAGAUGUGUCCCUGAUCCAUCUCCUCUGAAACAAAAUUUAUUUGUUCUGAAGCGAUAAAGUUCCUCAGUUUCAACAUUUUACACAGUGUCUCCACUUUUAUUGAACCAUCAUGAGUGAAGUUUAGGAUCGGAGUGAUUACGGCACGCUUGGACUCGGCGUCUGUCUCUGGUUUCGGUUGAACAUUCUUGAAGAGACACACCUGCUCCCGCUCCUUCGUCUAGACCUGCCCUUUAGCGUGUGUGUGUGUGUGUGUGUGCGCGGGCGUGUAUUGGUGUGUAUGUGCGCUCCCUGCAGAAAAGAAAACACACACACCCACAUGUGUAGCCCGCGGGGAUGACCAGGCGUGUUGUUUCCGCUCCGUCUCGCUGUAAAGUGGAGGCAGUUAAAUUUGAAUUAUCUUUUACGAGCAGACGUGCUGACAGUUGGACUUUUAUCAGGCAGCUGCUGAUAAUCAGAGGUUAGUUAGUGAAACUGUUCCACCGUCUCUACCUGUUUCUGCCUCUGUGCAGCAGCUACCAGGGCUGAAAAUUCCCCUGCAGUUACCACGGAAACGGCCGCCACAACACCUUCGAGAUGAAGGAGCAUAUUUCAAAUCAACGAGCCGGUGUGCGUCCUUCAAGGGGAGCUGUGAAAGAGGAACAAAUAUUGACUCGCGUAGUUUCAUUGUGCGAACACGAGCCGAUAAAGAUGGAGAGAGUUUGAGAAAACGGAGAAAAAUGUCCGUUUAACUUUCGCUUUUGUUACAAUUAAAUUCAUCAAGAGGCGGAUUUUUAUCGGAAAGAUAACCUGAGUUAGACUUGUUGACUUAAAUUUAGAGGUGGGGUAGUCAGGAUCUGAGGAAGUGCCGGUUUUUAUGAGAAAUCUCAGCUCCUCCUCUCCCCUCCCUCUCUGCUCCAGCAAGCCCCGCCCACAAACAGACGCUCCUGCUCGCUUGUAUCGUCCCAAUUACAGCGCAGUGAACCAUCUUAGCUGCUUGUAAUUAUCGUGCUGCGGAUGUAUUUUUGCAUUAAUGACCGAAUUCAGGCAGGAUGGUCAAAGGUACGCCCGCAGUAACCUUUGAAGCUGAAUAACGAACUAGUGCUAGCGCAGUUACAUAAGCCAAGGCUAGUCUAUUAAGCUAAUGGCACUGCUAGCAUAGUUCGGUUUGCAUGUUUGUGGCAUUCGCCGUAAGUCUGUGCAGUUCUGUAUCUAUGAAGACGCUUGUGUCUGUAACCUCAAAAUGUAACCAACUGUUACGACAAUGCUAAUCACAAGCCGGUUAGCUCGAUGGCGCCAAAAUCAGCUGAUUCUGGAAUCUUCCGGUGUGUCGGACACUCAGGCCGACUUGAAUAUAAUAAGUAGGUGCGCUGGCCCUUUAAUGAUGAGCGUGUGUAUUAAAGUCAUUUGUCGUUUUUUGUCUCCCUUAGUGUCUGCGGACGUUGACGGGUCACACUGGCGGCGUGUGGUGCAGUCAGAUGGCGGCCGCCACGGUGAUCAGCGGCUCCACCGACCGGACGCUGCGCGUGUGGGACGCAGAGAGCGGCGAGUGUGUCCACACGCUGUACGGACACACAUCCACUGUGCGCUGCAUGCAUCUCCAUGGCAACCGGUAACAGACCUCUGCUCCACUGUAGACCUAAUAAAUCGACUGUUCUGAUUGGCUCUCCUCGCAGUGAUGUCAUACUUCUCUCUUCCAGGGUGGUGUCCGGAUCCAGGGACACGACGCUGCGAGUGUGGGAUGUGACAACGGGCCGCUGCGAGCACGUGUUGACGGGCCAUGUGGCGGCGGUGCGCUGCGUUCAGUAUGACGGGCGCCGUGUGGUGUCCGGCGGCUACGACUACAUGGUGAAGGUGUGGGACCCUGAGACGGAGGUGUGUCUGCACACGCUGCAGGGACACACAAACCGAGUGUACUCGCUGCAGGUAAAGAACCGACCAAUCAGAGCUGCGUGUUUGUUUUAGUCAGGUGCAAAUUUGACUUCUGGGCAUCGCUAUGACAACCGGAGAGUAACGUUUUACUUCUCGACAGUUUGACGGUGUCUUCGUGGUGAGCGGCUCUUUGGACACUUCAAUCAGGGUCUGGGACGCAGAGACAGGUAAAGACACGUAGAGAUUUAUUCUCACAAGGAUUUUUGAUUUUUUACACAACAUAAAAUAUUUCACGUGAGCAGAGGGUUCCAUCGUAACUUUAACUCGGCGUGUUUUGUCCAGGCGGGUGCGUCCACACACUAACAGGCCACCAAUCACUGACCAGCGGCAUGGAGCUGCGUGACAACCUCCUGGUCUCUGGAAACGCCGACUCUACGGUCCGAGUGUGGGACGUCCGGACAGGACAGUGUCUCCAUACCCUGCAAGGUGGGUCCAUUCAGCUACGAAACAAAAAUGCGUAAAUUAAAAAUUCAAGUUGGCAGUUUUUUGUGUUGAUCGUGUCAAAGGUUAAAGUGUUUCUUGUUUCCUUUAGGUCCCAACAAGCACCAAUCGGCAGUGACGUGUCUUCAGUUCUGUAGAGAUCUGGUUCUGUCCAGUUCCGACGACGGAACCGUCAAACUUUGGGACCUGAAGACCGGAGCGUGGCUGAGAGACGUGGUGGCGCUGCAGAGCCGGGGAUCUGGUCAGGACUGAAAAUAGUCCCCUCCCCCUACACUCUAACUUAUUCUUUUGCUUCCAAGUUUUAACCAAUCACAUGUCGUCUUUGUCUCAACAGGUGGGGUCGUUUGGCGAAUCAGAGCCUCUGAUACCAGGCUGGUGUGCGCCGCCGGCAGCAGGAACGGGACCGAAGAGACCAAACUGCUGGUUCUGGACUUUGACCUGGAAGACGGCAAAAAUGAGAGCGAAUGA